AUGUCUGCGUUUCUCGAUGGGGCGUACAGCCUGAUCCACCAGGACAAUGCGGCCGACGUCCCUACCCUCAACGACCUCAAGAACCAGCUCGAGAAGGGCAACGAUGAGUCCAAGUUGGACACCAUGCGCCGCAUCCUGGUCAUCAUGCUCAACGGCGACCCGCUGCCGGGCAUCCUGAUGCACAUCAUCCGCUUCGUCAUGCCGUCCAAGUCCAAGCCGUUGAAGAAGCUGCUCUACUUCUACUACGAGAUCUGCCCCAAGCUCGACGCUGCUGGCAAGCUCAAGCAGGAGAUGAUCCUUGUCUGCAAUGGCAUUCGCAACGACCUGCAGCACCCCAACGAGUACAUUCGUGGCAACACGCUGCGUUUUCUCUGCAAGCUCCGCGAGGCCGAGCUGAUCGAGCCCCUCCUUUCGUCGGCGCGCUCGUGCCUCGAACACCGCCAUGCGUACGUGCGCAAGAACGCUGUCUUUGCCAUUGCCUCCAUCUUCCAGCACUCGCCGGCCCUGAUCCCCGACGCGGCCGAGCUCCUGGCGACCUUUAUCGAGACCGAGACCGACCCCACCUGCAAGCGCAACGGCUUUGCCUCGCUGGCCAGUAUCAGCCACGAUGCUGCCUUGACAUACCUCACAAGCGUGUUCGACAGCGUGCCGAACGCAGAGGAGCUCUUGCAGCUUGCCGAGAUUGAGUUUAUCCGCAAGGAUGCUGCCCGGUAUCUGAGACUCAUUUUCGACCUUCUCGAAGCCAACACGUCCACCGUCGUGUACGAAGCUGCGUCGUCUCUGACGGCCCUGACCAGCAACCCCGUCGCCGUCAAGGCUGCCGCUGGCAAGUUCAUCGAGCUGAGCAUCAAGGAGGCCGACAACAACGUCAAGCUUAUCGUCCUUGACCGCGUCGACCAGCUGCGGAAAAAGAACCCGGGCGUCCUCGACGACCUGGUCAUGGAGGUUCUCCGGGUGCUGCCCAGCCCAGACAUUGAUGUUCGGCGGAAGGCCCUCGACAUUGGCCUGGAGAUGGUCUCGAGCAAGAACGUCGAGGAGGUUGUCCUGCUCCUCAAGAAGGAGCUGUCCAAGACGGUGGACCAGGACUAUGAGAAGAACGCCGAGUACCGCCAGCUCCUCAUCCACAGCAUUCACCAAUGCGCCAUCAAGUUCUCGGAAGUGGCCGCCAGCGUGGUUGACCUGCUAAUGGACUUGGUUGCCGACUUCAACAACGCCUCUGCCGUCGACGUCAUCAACUUUGUCAAGGAGGUCGUCGAGAAGUUCCCCAAGCUGCGCGCUACCAUUGUGCAGAAGCUCUUCGAGACCCUGAACGAGGUGCGCGCGGGAAAGGUGUACCGUGGCAUCCUCUGGAUCAUCGGCGAAUACUCUGUGGACGAGAACGACAUUCGCGAGGCAUGGAAGCGCAUCCGCGCGAGCCUCGGCGAGAUCCCCAUCUUGGCGUCCGAACAGAGACUCCUGGACCAGGGCGAGCCGGAUGAGGAGACCAAGGAGGUCAACGGCAACGGCAAGCCGGCUGCCCCGACGGGCUCCAGACGCGUGCUCGCUGACGGUACCUACGCCACCGAGACUGCGUUUACGAGCCAGACCUCGGCUGCUGCGGCUCGCCUAGAGGCCGUCAAGGCCGCUCAGAAGCCGCCUCUGCGCCAGCUGAUCCUCGACGGCGACUACUACCUCGCCACUGUCUUGUCCGCGUCACUGACCAAGCUGGUGAUGCGCCACUCGGAGAUUUCGCCCGACAAAGCCCGCACCAACGCGCUGCGCGCUGAGGCUAUGCUGAUUAUGAUUUCGAUUGUGCGUGUCGGUCAGUCCCAAUUCGUCAAGGCGCCAAUCGAUGAGGACUCGGUGGACCGCAUCAUGACAUCGGUGCGCAGUCUUGCCGAGUUCAGCGAGCACAAGGAGCUCGAGACCGUGUUCCUGGACGACACGCGGAAGGCGUUCCGCAACAUGGUGGUCGCCGAGGAGAAGAAGCGCGCUGCCCAGCUUGCCGACGAGAAGGCCAAGACGGCCAUCCAGGUCGACGAUGUGGUGUCGAUCCGCCAGCUCAGCAAGAAGAACACGCUGGACAGCACGGACCUGGUGGAGGCCGACCUGGACCGGGCGACGGGCGGCGACGCGAGCGGCGCCGAGGACCUGUCGAGCAAGUUGUCGCGCGUUGUGCAGCUGACGGGUUUCUCGGACCCUGUGUACGUCGAGGCGUACGUCAAGGUGCACCAGUUCGACAUUGUGCUGGACGUGCUGCUGGUGAACCAGACGACGGAGACGCUGCAGAACCUGUCGGUGGAGUUUGCCACGCUAGGCGACCUCAAGGUCGUGGAGCGGCCGACGACGCAGAACCUGGCGCCGCACGACUUCCACAAUGUGCAGUGCACGAUCAAGGUGUCGAGCACGGACACGGGCGUCAUCUUUGGCAACGUGGUGUACGACGGCGCCCACUCGACGGACACCAACGUGGUGAUUCUGAACGACCUGCACGUGGACAUCAUGGACUACAUUGUGCCGGCCACGUGCACGGAGACGCAGUUCCGGUCGAUGUGGACCGAGUUCGAGUGGGAGAACAAGGUGAACAUCAACAGCAAGGCGCCGACGCUGCGCGCCUUCCUCGAGGGCCUGAUGAAGGCGACGAACAUGAACUGCUUGACGCCCGAGGCGGCCAUGAAGGGCGACUGCCAGUUCCUCAGCGCCAACCUCUACGCACGCAGCGUGUUUGGCGAGGACGCUCUGGCCAACUUGAGCAUCGAAAAGGAGGGCGAGGACGGCCCGAUCACGGGUUUUGUGCGGAUACGCAGCAGAUCGCAAGGCUUGGCCCUCAGCCUGGGCUCGCUGAAGGGCCUCAGCAAGAUUGGCGUCGCGGCUUAA